AAACGAAGGGAAAGGAGUCGUUAUCAGUUAUUAUGACUAUCACCCACCGAGUGGUUUUAUAAGUAGAUAGCUAGGUUAGCAAAACUCAACCUUAUUUCAGACGACAUUUAAAAGACAAGAAGCUAAUGAAAUGGAAUUGCUUGGGUAACUUGAGACUGACUUGGGACUUGGGAAAUUAUACAGGGAAAAAAACUCAGUAGAUGGUGUGGAGAGCUUGAAUGACUUUCAUAAAGUUCUACAGAACAACAGCACAGCCUGAAAGACAACAGAUGAAGUCAUGAACACAUACACAAGAGGAAGACCUCAAGUGCAGGACAACAUUGCAGAAAAAAGACAUGGAAAUGUUUAUACUCAAGGACAAGAUGGAGCUGUACCUGAGAGGAGAGAGGAUGGAGCAGACAGGCCGUUUCCAAACAAGCCUGUCAGCCACAGACGGCCUCUCAACCCUGGGAAACAAGACUCACUUAACUUGUAUGAUUUGGACAAAAAAACUAUUACAAAACAACCAAGAGGCCAAAUGCCGCCCCGAGGACAUGAUUCAAAUGACAUCAGAGAGACUACUGGAUCCCAGCAUCCAAGAAAACACUCUCAAAGACAACCUAGCAGAGAACUGGAGAUGGCCAAAGCAAUUCAUGCAAAAGAGCUCAUGCUACAGGAGAAGCUGUGGAGCGUUGAGGAAAAAAUUAGACAAAAAAUCCAAAGAGACACCGCUGUCGGUUGUGACCAAAGGAGCGAGGAGCAGAGGCUUGACAGGAGACAAGCAGAGAGGGGACACACUCAGACAAAAACCAGGCUGUCUGAGCAGCAGAGGAGAGAACCAGUGAGAAACAGAGAAAUGAUGAUGCAAGAAAGAAGACAGGAGGAUGUGAGACAACAUAGGAAGACUCAAGAUAGAAGAAACGAGGACAGAAUGAGGAAUACACACAAAGAAGGAUGGAAAAGAGGGGAAAUAGAUGUCGCACAAACAAAAGGUCAUAAAGGAACCCAUCAGAUCACAGAUCCCAAGCAAGAAGAGAGUGGAGAGCUGAACAAAUCAAAGUGGGAACAUGCCAGAAGAAAAGGAGGGGAUGAAAAAGAUAACGGCAUUUGGGGGGAGACAGGUGUGAGGUCACAGGAUGGCGCAAUGAAAGCAAAAGAGAGAGAACAAAAUAUAACCUCUAUGACUGAAAAGAAAUACACGGACAGGACAAGUAAGGAGAUGUUUGACUUAGUUGUUGAACGAGACAUGCCUCAAAUGAAUCAACAGAAGACUACUCACAAAGCUACAGCAGAAAACCACAGAGGUGCAGGAAGAAAACUGUCUGAAGGACCAUCGUCUCCACCUGUUUCUCACCCCUCUCACUCCAGCAGACCAGAGCAGGAGGAGCUGAGACAGGAAGACGACCGAGAUGCUAGCCUCCAGCUUCUUCCUUGCAGAGUCUGCAACAGAAAAUUUGCAAGUGAAAGAUUACAGAAGCAUAUCCAAGUCUGUAAAAAGACGAAACAAUCACAGCGUUCAGUCUUCAACUCCUACGCUAGUCGGACCAAGGGAACCGCCAUAGAGGAGUUCUGGAAAACCCACAGCAGAUCCAGGAGUCCAGAGGUUUUAAAGAAAAAGAACCCAGGACACUAUCACAAGUCAAACACAAGGAAUCUGCAAGAGGGUCGACUCCCAGCUGGAACCUCACAACCAAAACGGUCCAAGUGAGCAGGUGGCCAGAACUGAUCUAGACACUUUGGCCCUGGACCAUUGGAACAAGAAAUCAGUCACACAUCACCAUCUCAUUAGUCACUGCCGUCCCUAAAUUGUUUGAUUUAAACUCUUGUAAAAAUGUUGUUACAGAUCUCUUGUCUACAUUGUUUGAAUAUACUCUCAAUCUCAAUCAACAAAAAGAAAUAUUGACGAUACACGCAUGACAAAAGACAGCUGUUUUAUUUAUGGCUUUUACACGAAGCAUGAAACAACAGUGUGACUGUGAGAUAACUGUUUAUACAACUGUUACAUCUCCACAAUAUUUGGUUAUCCGCUGAAAAAAAUAAACCAUAUUUCUAAAUGCUGUCGACACACUGCAUAAAAUAUUCACAGAAGGCACAGCAUUGUCAUACUUGCACUAAUUUUGGUUUCAAUAGCUUGCUAAGGCACUCUGGCUACAUUUAACACUGCAUUUUACUGCAUGAAUAUACUGCCAGUGUUAUAAUGCAGACAUCUGACAGCUCAAAACUAGGACAAAGGGUUUUACACACACACACACACACACACACACACACACACACACACACACACAC